AUGCUAAUUAAGCUAUCCAAAGACAUCAAAAUACGGUGGUAUGGCGCGAAUAAGGUGAUGAUGGGUGGGAGGGUAGUUGUGGGCUCUCAGUUAUGCUUUCUCAUUGGCACUAUUUGUUUGGUUAUCGCCGCUUUGGCCAUCUUCUGGGUCGACUUCUACCUCUCUCACUCAAAUCCACAGCACCUUGCAUGGCACGUUAUUGCUCACCUCCUUCUUGAUGGCUCACUUAUUGCCUCAAUUGUCAUGAUCUUGGUCACAGGUCUUGUUGAUCCUGGUAUUAUUCCUUCUGUGCAGUUUGACCGGGAGCUCAUUCCGGUUCUCUCUCCAUCAACAAAGCUUCUAGAUCACCAUCGGGACCCAAUUAUUAGCCACAACGGCUACACAAUGAGAUUGAAGUAUUGUGAGACGUGUCUUUACUUGCGACCCUUGCGCACAACACACUGUCGUACUUGUAACUGCUGCGUAUAUCGCUUUGACCACCAUUGUUUUUGGUUGGGCACUGACGUUGGCUUUAGAAAUCACGGAUACUUUUACAUUAUGCUGUUAGUUGUUACCAUUUACAUUUCUUUAUUAAUCCUUUGCUCGUUAGUCUUGGUUGGCUUUUUGGUCUAUGACUUCAUAACCAUUCCGUUUCGCAUAGGCUUUGCUAUCUCUCUCAUUGGUGAAGCCAUUAUCCUGGCAUCAGGAAUAUACAUGCUGUAUUCAUUAGGUAACCUUAUUAGUUACCAUGUCGAGAUAUUGACAAGUGGACUACUAACCAAAGAAGAUCUAGCCUCAAAUCUCAUCGAGAAUCAUCCAUACCACCAUAAGUCCUUCAGAAAGAACUUUGCUGCCUGCUUUGAAGGCAUGAGAACGCCUUCUAUUUUGCAUCAGAUCAUCAGCAGCUACAAGCUAGCUAUUCAGAACAAAGAUGAAAUCGACGCCCUGGUGAAGGCUGGCCUAAACCCUCGAGUCUUUCCCGAUAGCAUUAGUGACAUUCGUACUGCUGGACAGGCGUUUGAAUACCUUAUUUCCAUGUCUAAAUCUCAGAUUGUCAAUCCUCCAUCAGAUAUCAAACAGGAGUUUGCACAAGGGGAAAACGAUGAAAAAGAGGAGCCUGAGGAAGAGCUCGAAGAAGAGGAAGAGGAUGAAGAAGAUACAAAGGAUAACCCCAAUGAAGAGAGAGGCUCGCGAUUCAUUCGUGAUGCAACCAUGGUGAAUGUGCAGCGAGUUGAAGAGAUUAAAAGGAGAAGCAUUCGGAAUAUUGUCGGCUCAGUCGAUACACUUUCCAACCCAAACACCUCAAAUAUGCAGAAAGCCUCCAUUGACAAGAGAUUGUCGACGCGUGGCAGUACAGUAAUUUACGAGCAAUCAGAUGAUGAGGUUCCAACACGUCGUAAAGUCAUUGAUCUCGAGAACUUGCAGACAUCAAAUCGUGUAUCUGAGCGCAUGUCUACAAGGCUACCUGUGCUGUUGUCCGUCCGGGGAUCUCUUAACAAGUCCUCACAUUCAGCCAACAAUCGCUCAUCAGUAAGAGGAUCUGUAGUCAUGAGUCAGCAACUAGUUGAUAGAAUAAAUAGGUUACAAUCGAAACAAGGCAAAGAACCACGUGAAAUGAACGAGGUUGCACACUGA